UUUGAUUUAAUGGAAGAAUCUUCUAGUAAAUGGCAAAAGAAAACCAAAGUAUUCCAACUAAUAGAAGAAGAUUCUGAAGCAGAAUUUGGUCUAACUACUCAAGGAAAAGAAACCCCAACUCCUGAAAUCAUUGACCAAAAAGAUGAGUCUGAAAAAGAUUCAAAAAAUUUAGAUAAAAAACAUCAGGAAAUAUGGCAAAAGAGUAUUCAGAUAGCAAAAGACAUGUUUAAAGUAGAUAAUGCUGAAUAUGCUUUCUCAACCUGGUUUGCAGAAAUAGAAUCCAAAAAAUAUGAAGCUGGGAUGACCGAAAAGCGAGCCCAAGAAAUUUUAAAUGCAAUUGAUAAUGGCGAGUUCUUAAUAAGAAUAAAAUUUAUUAGAAAUGAUUCUGCAAGUAGAAAAUACAUCAGGGGUAGCCCCAAUGUUAUACUUACAAAGAAAACAAAACAAGAAUUUUGGGUAGGAAUAGACAAAAAAUUUCUGGUCAGAGAAGUCAGUGAGCAAUCUAAAUCAGAUGUCAAUCGAUUAAUGCCUAUAAAGGAUGGUAAGUUUAUACAGAGCAGAAAAAAUAAAGAAAAACAACUUACUCAUCAUCUUGUAAUAGAUGAAGGUGAACUUGAUUUCUUAAUAAAAGAUUGUACAGAUGCUGAAACUUUUGCUAGAAGAGAAAGAUUAAGGAUUGUUACAGAUUCUAUAUAUAUACAAAAAGAGGCAUUAUAUAAGAUCAAAAAUAUAUCAGCAUUCUUCAACCAAGUUGAGGUAAAGUUGGAUCCAAAUUUAUAUUCAUACUAUCCUUCUUGUGCAAUGUGUAGUGAUUCAGAAGAAUUUCUUAUUUUAAAAUCAGAAUAUGCAAAAUGGAUUAAAGAGUUUCUAAAAACAAAAAGGCCUCUAGUAAAAUAUGAAUAUUCUUGCCAGAAGCAGUUAAAUCAGCAAGAAGAACAAGAGAGUAAAAAAAUAUAUGAACCAGUUGCUGAUAUUGUAUACUGGCCAAAGAAUAGAUAUUGGAAAUCGAUCAAAGAUAUUUCAGAUAGUACAGCUUCAUCAAUUCAUGAUCUUAUUACAAGAUAUCAAAAAUCAUAUCUUAAUGAGAAAGGAGGAUUUGAAAAACAUAAUGUAAAAGCUCAAACCUGGCAUAGCUUCUUUAGAUGGAAUGGAGUAGAAGAAUGGACAUCUGAACAUAUGGGAGAGAAGAAAUUUCUAUGA